AUAGACCUCUAUCCAUGCAGUCAGUGUGAUCAGAGAGCUCUGCACAAUGAAGCCGUCCCCUGACUACCACAAUCUGGCCAGGCUGGCUGUUAUUCAGCAUCUUCGUUCAUAUGGCAUCAAAAUGAAACACUGGAACAGUAAGCAGCGGCCGGAGGCUGGGAAAGUGUCCUCUGGUGCCUCUCAGAGUGGUAACGUCUUUGGAGUACCUAUUCAUUCCAUACCUUAUUUGUUUAUUCCAGAGUAUGGAAACAUUCCAAUGUUCCUUGUUAAUGUGUGUAACUACUUGGAGAGCCAUGCUCACACUGAAGGGCUUUUCAGGAAGUCUGGAUCUGUUGUGCGGCAGAAACUACUAAAGACUAAACUUGAUGGGGGUGAUAAUGACCUCUCAGAUACUCCUCCUUGUGAUGUGGCUGGUAUCCUCAAACAGUUUUUCCGAGAGCUACCAGAACCCAUACUUCCUGCAGAUUUCCAGGAUGCGCUGUGCAAGGCUCAGCAACUGGGCAGUGAUGAGGAGAAGACCUCUGCAACCAUGCUAAUAUCCUGCUUAAUGCCUGAACGGGCAGUUUCUAUCCUGCGUUACUUCUUUAACUUUCUGCAGAAUGUCUCUAUGAGAUCUGACACCAACAGAAUGGACAGCAGCAACCUGGCUGUAAUAUUUGCUCCCAACCUUCUACAGACAGGUGGCAGUGAAAAGAUUUCUGCAAGCACAGAAAAGAAGCUGCGUGUUCAGGCAGCAAUUGUGCGAAUUCUGAUAGAUCAGGCAGCAAAUAUAGGAUGUGUGCCUGAUUUUCUUCUUGAGAAAAUACCAGGCAUGCUGGGAAUGGAUGUUGGCUCUGAUACCCCUGGAGCUGAGCCAUUAGAUGAUGGUGAUGCAGACUCCCCGGGAGAGAGGAAGCGAAGGAGGCGGAGAAGUGUUGGAGAUUUUGUUAGUGGAGCAUUGAAUAAACUUAAAACUAAUAGAACACCUACUUCUACACCCCAGCCAGACAGGACUGUUUUGAGUUCCAUGGUGACACCUUUAAUCCUUACUCCAAGCACCAAAAGAAAGCUUCCUUUGGAUUCGGUGCAGGGAAUUUCGAACAAGAAAAGAAAAUCUAUAAAACAGAACCUUGCUUUUGAGCUGCUACCAAGUAGUCUCUUUGGUGGUGGAUCCACCCCAUCCUCUGUCCGGACCGAAGGAAGCCCUUGUGUUUCAUUUGAAACAUCAGAAAAUUGUUUCUCACCAUCUGUCUCUAGCAGCAAGCGCGUCUCCAGCUCUAGUAACCUAAGACGCAGCAAGAGGUACGAAAACAGGAAAGUACAAAGGGUGGAAUCAGGGAAAACAGGCUGCUUCUCCCCUAAGAUAAGUCGCAAAGAGAUAGUGCGCAGAUCGCUUCGUCUUCGGUUUAGUCUGGGAAAAAGUAGUAAAGAAGUGAACUCAGGUUGUCCUACCAGCAUUCGUUCUCAAAAUGUUGGCUGGAGACUGGCAACCUCACAAGAAUUGCCAGUUUCUGGAAACAAGUUGGAGGAUCACUUUUCUCCAGUUGAAAGUCCAUUUGUAAGUGAAGGUUCAAAGAAAAUAAGCAAAUCUGAAGAAAACUUACUAACACCCAAAAAGUCAGAUGACUCCAAACAUUGCUUGUCCUGGACAGGACCUCUUCCUCUAAGUGAGGCUUGUGAUGAUGGAACACCUUUAUCAGGAUAUCUGUAUGCUGGAAACUGCUAUUCUGAGCCUGUUCUUGUAACUGGGAAACCCCCUGCCAUGCCCAAGGAGAUCAAAUCAGUCACAGACAACUACAGCAAAGAGAGCAACCAGAGAGAAGAUUUGCUGUGUAGAGAUGAGGAAUGUCAAGCAGAGAGCACGGUACGCAGGAUUACGCAAGCAUUUAUAAAAUCCGGGUGUGAUCUAAGUGCAUUUGUUUGUAGCAAGUCUGCAGCAUCAGAACCUCCAGCAUUUAUUUCAGAGCCUCAGACAGACUCUGAAACUUUAGUCACUGGGUCAGCGAUUGACAUUAAUCACAAGACAUGCACAUCUGAGCCACAAACGGAGUGUGACAUUCCGAUCAGGUCAAACAAGGACUGUGAUGGUGACGCCAAUGAGACUUCAUCAGAAGGAAUCUAUCAAGAAGAAAAUGUUGAAAAGCAUUUCCCUGCCCUGGAGACACCAGCUAAGAGCUUGAAAAUGAAUGCAGAUCAUGAGUCACCACAGAUUGUAUUGAAGAUUGUGGAGGAAACCAAUGCUUAUUCUCCGGGCUUGACAGAAAUGUCAUUCCACCAACUGGAAUGUGACGUGCUUGAAUCCAGCAGUGGCAACGCCUCUAUUAAUUUAGACUUUCCAGCUCCUGAAAAGGUUGAGGGCAUGUUAAAAUCAGAAAAUAGUGUGCUAUAUCCAGUGUCUAACAAAGAGAAUUGUUCACUCAUUUCUCAGGACAUUCCCUCAGUACCUGCAUCAGUUCGUAGAACUUGCAGGGUGUCUGAUCACAUACAGCGCUUCAAUAAACUGUGCCUAAAUGACCCCAACGUCCAAAAAGCGAAGUCUCCAAUUAAAUUUCAGCCCCUCAAUUUCAAGUUUCUUAUUGGGGAGAACAGAGAUAUUACACAGCCAUUCUUUGAUUAUGCUGCUGUCUGA